AUGAUAAUGGAAAAGGAAGAGAGGAGGAGGAGGAUCGCAGAGAGAGGUAGCGACAGGAUGGCAUUGAUCACUGGUAAGAUCAAUACCCUUCCUCCGCAACCUCCCUCUGGAACCUCCUCCCCAAGACAAUCCUACCAUCACCAAACGCAAUCAUUAGGAAAUUUCGAUAAGCAUUUGGACAAUGCUGAUGAUCUUCCUCGUCAUUUGCGUCCUCAAUCUUUGUCCCCUGCAUUUGCUUCUGAAUAUGAAGAAGAGUUCAUGGGUGGUUCUGAGAAUGAACAAGAUUCCUCUGCAGCUUUGUCAAGGUUGAAACAUCAGGGUGGAUUUAGGUACUCAAAUUUUAAAGAUUAUGACAUUCAGAAACAAUUAGAGCAACAAGAUUCCGAAGAAGAUAAUAUGUCAAAGAAUAUUGAUGGCUACGAAAACAAUAGUCGCAAAAUAAAACUGCCGCUAGCUUCAAAGGCUGCUCAAAUGAAAGCAGCCCUUGAAGCUAAGCGGUCAACGAGAACUGGACCGCCUAAGCCGGCACCAUUCUUCUCCUCAAGAGAGCUCAACGCAUGCAUCAUAGCUUCUGAGACAAAAAGAGCCCUCAGCUCUUUGAUGAUAGCAAUGAUAGUUGUGUUCUGUUACAUGAUCUCGGCUAGGGUGGAAGCCAUGAGACCACUUUACAUACUCUUGAUAACCAAUGUCACAAUCGUGCUGAGUCGCUUGUAUAGCGAAAAAGCGAAGCUUCUAGAAGAAACUAAUGGCGUAAACGAAGACCCUGUGGAUCUACAAAGCUGGGGAGAUGCAGUGAAACUCUUGGAGAGAGGUUUGGUUGCAUAUCAAGCCAUUAGAGGGAUUUUCAUAGAUUGCAGUAUUUACUUAGUGAUUGUUGUAUGUGGUGUUUCAAUGGUUUAA